CUUUAGUCUCCAGCUGGCCUUUGCCCUCCCUCGUCGUCGCAACACUCCCUCCCUGCCCUCGGUGCGACCUUCGACCCUCCUGGACUGUGGCAGGUGCUCCCCCCGGACCACCACGCGCUGAAACACUCCUGCUCGGCUGCUAAUAGACAUUCCCCGCCGAAUCCGGUAUCCAGUCCUGUCAAGCAUUCUUAACAUAUCGCACGCCUUCACAACGCUCUUCACGGUCGCUUUGCUGUCUGGACAGGCGUGGCGCAUCUUUCACUGCUAUUCUUCCUCGGACAUUCGCUGCAUCUUCACCGCCGCGGACCCCCCGCGCUACAUGUCCUCUUCGUGGCCCAAGAUACCCGUCAUUCUUUCACACUUCUGCGCUGGCCUCAAUGGUGCUUGCUUCUGGCCGGUCGGUGAGCAUAUAUAAACUCGAGCCUGGAGUUGGUUGACGAGGAGGCUUCCAACAUGGACCGCCCCACCGAGGAGAGCACCGAUGGCUCCUCGAUCAAGCCCGUCUCCUCUCUCCGGAGCCAUUUCGAGAAUAUGCUAAACGCAAACAAAUCCCCCGUCGCAGCUUCUCCAAGACAGGCCUCGCCGUGCGCCGCUGACCGCCUCACCAUGCCCGAGGACCACCGGAGGACGGAGGGGAGGACGUCGCUUGACAUCCCAAGGGAGAAUGGGUCACGGGCCUCAACACCUCAGAAUGCAGACUUCAGCGGGGCUGGUCUGGCAACCCCGCGGGGAAGAACCCUCCGCACCCCGUGGAGCAACCCACGAUCACGACCUACUUCAAUGGUGGCCCUCUCUCCCCCGAGGUCGCCCACCAGCAGAUCGCCCCCAAAGGUCAUGGUGCAGUCUCCGCGAUCUCCGCCUAAGCAUUCUGAAUCGCACAUCCACUCCCCCACUCCUUCCCGGACUUUCUCUCAUACGGCCCUGGAUCCCGCCGGACACGGAGCGUCGCCGCAGUCCAAUGGAGCGAAGACUUUUAAGAUCCCCAGUCGGAAUGCUACUCCUGCAAUCGAGUCAAAACAAAUCCCAUUUCUGCCCCCUAAUGCUGUGGCUGCCACGCCUGCCGAACCCCGCAAAAGCAGCGCCUUGGACCGUGAGCUUAGUCCCAGGUCACUGCCAGUGAAUUCUACCCCCUCAGCUCCUCCGCCUAUAAACCGUGCUGGCAAACCUAAGAUAUUAGGCAAAUAUCCGGCUGUUGAGUCCGGAACACGGUCAACACUAGCCCCGGACUCUACCACAGAUGGGCUGGAUGAGAGAGUUUCGCCUUUCAGCACUCCACCAAGCAGCAGUGAUAGCAGCAUCAAAGGAGAGUCAUCCCCGCCAGGCAUUCCAGAGCACUCAAAGCCGAAGUUCAAUGGUUCAAGUCGGGACGGUUACUUCCCUCCCCCCCCUAAGCACCAUUCCAUAGCUGAAAAACUCCCCCCUACAGAUGCCCGCGCCAUAGGAACCCAACCUCUGAAGAAGUCUCUGCCGGUCCACACGCAGCCGGUAGGGGACCUGCCCGAAGAUCGCCCUGGCCUACCUCCGCGGCGGGACAAUGUCAGUCUUCGUAAGAGUAUGGUAAUUUCAAGGCCUGUACCUCCCGAACCACCUGUACGACGAUCCAUGGACACCUUCCGACCCACUGCACUUGGCCCGGAUACCAACAGCAAGUUCAUGCCACCUCCCAAACGAACUCAGACGUUCGCAGGUACCAGUGUAUCCACCCUUCAACCCACUCAACAGACCCUACAGCCUCCGAAGCCACCUCCUCCUCGCAAUUCUGGCGAGAUGAAAAGACCCACGCCUGCACAACUCUCCACCCCCUAUAGUUAUGACUCCGAUGAGGAGACUCUUGUGGAUAAACCAGGGCCAGCUCUUGCCGACUAUCCAGAUUCGUCCCAGGCGAAUCGCAGACCGCCGAUUUUUAAGGAUGGGGCCCGCGAAAUUCCAACAAAAUACGAGACGAAACUGUUUGCGAUAUGUGGAGAGUACAUAUGUACAACUGGCUAUGUGACGCGAGUAUGGAGUCUUCUGAACGGCGAAUUGCUGAUGAGUUUAAGUCAUGGAGACACCACCAAAGCUACAUCGGUAGCUUUUAGGCCGGCAAAAGAUGUCGAAGACGAGGGCAAGCGGUUAUGGCUUGGUACGAACAUCGGUGAAAUGCACGAGAUCGACAUACCAACACAAAGCGUGGCGUACACGAAAACAAAUGCACAUCCCCGAUGUUCUAUCAUCAAGAUAUAUCGAUAUGCGUCUGAGAUGUGGUCAUUAGACGAUGAAGGGAAGAUCCACAUAUGGUCUCCCGAUGAAACAGGAUCGCCGACUCUUUCGCAAACACCAAAUACAUUCCGCGUUCCUAAGGGCCAUACAUUCUCCAUAAUAUCGGGUACGCAGCUAUGGAUGGCAUUUGGGAAGGAGAUUCGAGUCUUCCAGCGCACUGGGGACAACAGCUUCUUCCAACAAGGAACUCAAGGCGCUCUAUCACAAUUAAACGUUGGUGAAGUCACCUCUGGAGCAAUAAUCAGCAGUCAGCCCGAUAGAAUUUACUUUGGACACAUUGAUGGGAAGGUCUCUAUCUAUGCUAAGAAGGGAUUCAACUGCUUAGGCGUUGUCAACGUCAGUUUAUACAAGAUCAGCUCACUGGUCGGUGUUGGAGACCAUCUCUGGGCAGGCUAUAUAACGGGGAUGAUCUAUGUAUAUGACACAAGCAGCACGCCGUGGAAGGUAAUGAAAGACUGGCGGGCGCAUGAGAGUGCGAUCGCCGGAAUCAAUGUCGACCGGACGAGCAUCUGGAAACUGGAUCGGUUGCAGGUGGCAUCGCUAGGCAUGGACAAUACGUUACGCAUUUGGGACGGGAUGUUAAGAGAUGAUUGGCUAGAAUCCCAAAUGCAGGAACACGAUGCAGACUAUUGCGAUUUCCGAGAAAUUUCCGCCGUCGUUAUGACAUGGAAUGCAGGUGCAUCAAAACCGACCAGUCUACAGAAGGAUGAACAAAAUCGCAACUUCUUCCGAGAUCUUCUGCAACCUCAAGAUCCGGCGGAUGUUCUUGUCUUUGGGUUCCAGGAGUUGGUGGACCUAGAAGACAAGAAAGUCACAGCCAGGAGCUUCUUUAAGAAAGCUAAAAAGAAGGAUGCGACAGACCACGAGCACAUGAGCCACCAGUAUCGAGCAUGGAGAGACUACCUUGUCCGGUCUCUCGAGGAACGCAUUCCCAAAGAGAACUACACCCUCCUACACACCGCAAAUCUAGUCGGACUAUUCACCUGUAUCUUCAUCAAGACCUCCGAACACCUAAAGGUUCGAGACGUAUGCGCCGCCCAAGUCAAGCUUGGGAUGGGCGGUCUGCACGGCAAUAAAGGCGCUCUUAUCGUCCGGUUUUUCCUCGACGACUCCUCCAUCUGCUUCAUUAACUGCCAUCUAGCAGCAGGCCAAACCCAGACAGUUCAUCGUAACAACGAUAUCGCUGCCAUCAUGGAGGCGGAAGCUUUACCUCGCAACCGCUCUCCAUCUGACCGCGCCGACUUCUUCGUUGGAGGUGGCGAUGGGUCAAUGAUCCUCGACCAUGAAAUAUGCAUCUUAAACGGCGACCUAAACUACCGCAUUGAUGCCAUGCCUCGCAAUACCGUCAUCGAUGCAGUAAAACAAGGUAACCUAGCAAAACUCCUCGAUCGCGACCAGCUCCUCCUCUCUCGAAAACGCAACCCCGGAUUCAGACUCCGCGCCUUCAAUGAAGCUUCAAUCAACUUCGCACCGACGUACAAAUACGACGUCGGAACCGAUAACUACGACACGAGCGACAAGAAGCGGUCGCCGGCGUGGUGCGAUCGACUUUUAUACCGCGGUCUAGGUAGGAUCAAACAAGUUGACUACCGUCGACACGACGCUGUUCGAGUUUCGGAUCACAGGCCUGUGAGUGGACGGUUUAAGAUCAGAGUUAAGACGAUAAGUACGAAAAGGCAGAUCAUAGCAAGGGAGAAGUGUGAAGAGGAGUUUGAGAAGGUGAAGCGGAGGAUUGCUAUGGAUAUCAAGCUCGAUUAUCUGAUCAAUGUCUUUGGACUGGGUACGAAGGAGGCGCAGAGAUUACUUAAGGUCUGACACGGUUGUCCUACGCGAUUGGUUGAGCGAUUGAUUAUAGGUUGAGGUUUCCCUGCGCUGCAUUGAAUGCGUGUGUCUGUGUGUGUGUGUGUGUGUGUGUGUGCGUGUAUGUGUUAGUGUCGUGCUGUAUCUGAAUAGCCAGCGAUCUUUUGUCAUCGUUUGCGCACGAAGGACGGAAGGAAGAGAUGUUGCAAGCCAGAGUCGUGACUAGCUGAACUGCUGAUGUCGGGAUUUGGGGUUGGUGUCGUGCAUUUCAACCCGCCAUCGACCCGGUCUCGAAUGGAAUGGAAUCGGCAUGCAUGCCAUGUCAGGUGUUGACGAGCGAUCAUGGUGACGUCAAAACGCGUAUCCCAACACUAGUGGAUAAAUACCUGGCGAUGGGGUGGAAAGCGUGAUCGCUGUCUAGAAAGCAUCGAUGAAAUAAAG